CCAUAAAGCUCAGCUGGAUGUGUUUUUCCUUCUUCCCCGGAUGUAGCAUCACAUGAAUUGACUGUCAACAUGCAAGAUGGCCACGCAUCACAGGCAGAAUGCUGCUGGGCGGAGAAAAGUACAGGUUUCUUAUGUCAUUAGAGAUGAGGUGGAGAAAUACAACCGCAAUGGGGUGAAUGCUCUCCAGCUGGACCCCGCACUGAACCGGCUCUUCACGGCUGGGAGGGACUCCAUCAUCCGGAUAUGGAGCGUCUACCAGCACAAGGACCCCUACAUUGCCUCGAUGGAGCAUCACACAGACUGGGUCAAUGACAUAGUUCUCUGUUGUAAUGGAAAAACAUUGAUAUCUGCCUCUUCAGAUACAACAGUCAAAGUAUGGAACGCGCAUAAAGGCUUCUGCAUGUCAACGUUACGGACACACAAGGACUAUGUGAAAGCUUUGGCCUACGCUAAAGACAAGGAGCUGGUGGCCUCUGCAGGUCUAGACCGGCAGAUCUUCCUUUGGGAUGUGAACACACUAACAGCACUCACUGCUUCCAACAACACUGUUACCACCUCCUCACUCAGUGGCAACAAGGACUCGAUCUACAGUCUGGCUAUGAACCAGAUGGGAACAGUCAUUGUAUCUGGAUCCACAGAAAAGGUUCUGAGAGUGUGGGAUCCACGAACAUGUGCGAAACUGAUGAAGCUAAAAGGACACACAGACAACGUCAAGUCGUUGCUGCUGAAUCGAGACGGCACUCAGUGUCUGUCGGGCAGCUCAGACGGGACCAUCCGCCUGUGGUCACUCGGCCAGCAGAGGUGUAUCGCCACCUACCGGGUGCACGAUGAAGGGGUUUGGGCCCUGCAGGUCAACGAGGCCUUUACACACGUUUAUUCUGGAGGCAGAGACAAAAAGAUCUACUGCACCGACCUGCGUAACCCCGACAUCCGCGUGCUCAUCUGUGAGGAGAAGGCUCCGGUGCUCAAAAUGGAACUGGACAGAACUGCUGACCCACCUCCAGCAAUCUGGGUCUCCACCACCAAGUCAUCUGUUAAUAAAUGGUCUCUAAAGGGAAUGCACAACUUCAGAUCAUCAGGAGAGUAUGACAACGACUGCACUACCCCUCUGACACCUCUGUGUACGCAGCCAGAACAAGUCAUCAAGGGAGGUGCCAGCAUCAUACAGUGCCACAUUCUGAACGACAAGAGACACAUACUCACCAAAGAUACCAACAACAACGUGGCUUUUUGGGAUGUCCUGAAGGCUUGUAAGGGUGAAGACUUGGGGAAGGUGGAGUUUGAUGAAGAGAUUAAGAAGCGCUUCAAGAUGGUCUACGUGCCAAACUGGUUCUCUGUUGAUCUGAAAACUGGGAUGCUAACCAUCACACUGGAUGAGAGCGACUGCUUUGCCGCCUGGGUGUCUGCAAAGGAUGCUGGGUUUUCAAGCUCUGAUGGAUCAGACCCAAAGUGUAAGAUGUCUGACCUCAAACAAAUAACCUGUCUUCUUCUUCUUGUUGUUCCGUGUCUUCUAACUCACUUCCAUUAUUUUGCAGUGAACCUGGGCGGACUGCUGCUACAGGCUCUGCUGGAGUUUUGGCCCAGAACUCGCAUCAACCCCAUGGAUGAGGAGGAGAACGAAGUGAACCACGUGAAUGGAGAGCAGGAAAACAGGGUCCAGAAAGGAAAUGGAUAUUUCCAAGUGCCACCACACACACCUGUCAUCUUUGGAGAAGCAGGAGGAAGAACUCUGUUUAGGUUGCUAUGUCGAGACUCAGGUGGAGAGACCGAGUCUAUGCUGCUGAACGAGACGGUCCCACAGUGGGUCAUUGACAUAACUGUAGAUAAAAAUAUGCCCAAGUUCAACAAAAUCCCAUUCUACCUCCAGCCCCACUCUUCCUCUGGUGCAAAAACUCUGAAGAAGGACCGCCUGUCGGCCAGUGACAUGCUGCAGGUGAGGAAGGUGAUGGAGCAUGUGUACGAGAAGAUCAUCAACUUAGACAACGAGUCCCAGACGACCAGCUCCUCAGCCAACGAUAAGCCCGGAGAGCAGGAGAAGGAGGAGGACAUGGCCAUGUUAGCCGAGGAGAAGAUCGAACUAAUGUGUCAAGACCAGGUUCUGGACCCCAACAUGGACCUGCGAACAGUUAAACAUUUUAUCUGGAAGAGUGGAGGGGACUUGACGCUUCACUAUAGGCAGAAGUCCACGUGAAAGUCCAAAUUUUUAACCCAAGAACUCUUCGUCAUUUGCCAAUCACCACCCACCUCUGACAUGUAGUCCCCUAAACCCCAUUGUGUGGUCAAGAGUCGCAGCGUCAAUGAGAACCCAGUAACAAGUGUGUGAGGAUGUGGCUCACGGUGUAUCAUAGGGAACUGACCAGAACAGUCUGGAGCAGCAGAGAGACACCUGGGAGACAAAGUGAUCCGAAGUGUUUGAUUCUUUUUUUUUUAAACAGUUUGAACAAAGGAUUCAGUUUCCUGCAGCGCUCACCAGUUUCUUUUUUUCUUCUUCUUUUACUGCUACAUUUGUUAUUUUCUUUCCUAUUCUCAAUGUAUUUGAUUUUGAAGCGACAGAUGUUGCAGUACUUGUUUGUGUCUGAGCGCGUGUGUGUGUGUUUGUGUGUGUGUGUGUGUGUGUUCAUGCACAUGGGUGUAGUAGACUCUCAAGUUUGUUUUAGCACAUUCCAGAAACUGUCCUCGUUCUCCAAACACUCCACAGCCGUCUCUGCAGCGUCGUGUUUUAGGAUUCACUCUGUCUCUGGGUAGCAUCACAGUCCUCCUCGAAUAAGUCCUCCUUCUGUUCUGUCGUGACCCUAACCCGAUCUUUAACCUCGGCUUAGACUUCUAAUUACUGCAGAGCUCGAACCUCAUUGACGGAAGCACUCGUCUUUGUCCUUUCUUUUUAGCUGUGCUGUUCUAAAUGGACUGAAUGUUCUGUUUUUGUAAAUAUAUGUACAACAUUUUUGAGUUAAGUGACUUUUUUUUUUUUGGUUUUGCAGCAGUUUUAUUGUGUUGUUGUACAGUUUACUUAAAAAAACAACAAUUAUUUUUCCAAAUCCCUCGAGCAAAUUCAUGGUCAUGAAGGAAAAUCUUGGAUGUUGAAAAAAAAUUGCAUUUGUUGUAUUCACUACAACCCUGAAACUGCAGUUUUACUCUUCCGAAUGUUAGUAGUUGUCCAAGUCAUUUUAGCAAAGGGGAAAUAAUAUAUAAGAUAUGUAUCUUUAACAGAAACUCACGCUUACUCGCUCUGCGCUGCGGUCAUGAGCAGUGAGGCUGUUCCUAAUGUAUAUUUCAUUUAGUUUCAAUAGGACUUCAAAGAAUCAUGAGUAUAACUUGAAGGGGAAUCUCAUCCAGCAGGUUAUGAAUAAUCACACGGGGGGAAAUUCACCAAAGUGAAAUAAAACAGUAACAACCAUUUCUGUCUUGGUGUGACGCCACGCAGAACCACAGAGCAUUUCAUUGUAAAAUUUCUGCUGUUAAUUUUGCCAUGAUGAGUGUGUGUAACGCCAUAAAGGGGACGCGUCGAGUGAGCUCUAGUCGGCCAAAAAAAACAAAAUAAAAACUGUAACGGGAACCAGAAAUUAGGCCAUAACACUGCAAUAUCCCUUGUUGUAAUAAUUUGUGAAAUAUGUAUAUUUUAGGCAAUGGAAGAAAUAAAUUGGAAUGGUUUAACAAAGACAGAUUGAUGAGAA